AUGUCGAAACACAGCACAUACCUGCUACUCUCGCUACCAUCCUCGAUAACACCUUCAGGCCACCAGAAGGACGCUUUGUCACACAUCGAGUCGACUGUAGGCUCCUCUGGAGACGCUGUCAAGGCCCUACCCAUACCAGAUUUCAAGAUCGGAACAUUAGAUGCAUGCUUGUCACAAUCGGAUGAGCUAGCCAAGCUCGAGGGAACAUGCAAAGGCAUUGUUGCGAAGGUUUCAGAUACGCUCAGGAAUGUAGUAGACGGCGACGACGAUAAAGCGGCUGAGCAUAAGGCUGUUAACGACAAGCCAUUAGAUGCGUACCUCUCAAGCUUCUCCUGGAACAAGGUCAAAUACAGAGCCGACAAGCCCAUCUCAGAACUCAUCAGCCUCCUACAGAAAGCAAGUCCCCACCACCCACUUUGCAUGACCCCAAAUCUAACAGAUCCGCAGGAGAUCAAUUCAAUAGACAACGACGUUCGCUCGAAAUUCAACCAGUACAACUCCCUGAGAACCAAUCUUGCGACCCUCCACCGAAAGCAAAGCGGCAACCUGUCCACCAAAUCCCUUCUCAGCAUCGUCAACCCCAAAAUCCUUGUGCAAACCAGCGGCAGCGAGCACCUAGAAACACAUCUCGUAGCAGUACCCUCGUCGAACGUUAAGGACUUCAACCGCUCCUACGAGACCAUCUCGCCUAUGGUCGUGCCUCGAUCCGCAUACUUCGUCGACUCGGACUCGGAGUUUAGUCUGUACGCUGUGACUGUAUUCAAGAAGCAUUCACAAGAAUUCCUACAUAAGUCGCGAGAAAGGAAAUGGGUGCCUCGAGAUUUCAAGGCGCAAGAAGGUGGCAAAGAGUCGGAGCUGAAGGAGCUGCACAAGGCGGAAGCAGAAGAGAAACGUGUCUGGGGCGAAAUAUUACGCCUGUGCCGGACAGGGUGGGGCGAGGGCGUCAUGGCCGCGGUGCAUGUGGUGGUCUUGAGGAUGUUCGUGGAGACUGUGCUGCGCUACGGUUUGCCGCUUGACUUUGUGGCUGCUGUGGUCAAGACCGACACAAAGCGCUCGGAAAAGGCACGGAAAGCUCUCGACUCGGAGUUUUCUUACCUGGCCGGCAACGCGUUUGGCAGAGAUUCCAAGGGCAGGGUGCAGAAGGAGGACACCUCGAUGGGUGGACCUGAAGUUGGCGCAGGCCAAGAGGGCGGUGAGUACAAGGCUUAUGUGAGCUGUGACAUCGACUUCGACUAG